CACUUUUUAUUGGUUUCCGGCUUCGAAGUGCCAGAUGUGAAUGUGCGCUUCCACGAGCACCGUUAAAUUGUGCUUUUGUGUAGAACUCAAGAGAUGUUACGCGAAUUAUUUUCAAGAUUUCACGUUCGCAACGUGUGAACGAGUCGAGUCGCGGGAAUUCGCCGCGUUCGUCGAUCGAUCGUGACGCGGGGUUUCCACGGUGGUCGGUGAUCCUUCAAGUUUACGGCUGUAAAUUGGUCGCGUGCGUUGCAUGUGCCUGCGGUGUCCCGGAAAAAAGCGUAGUAUACCGUCUUCGACGACGUAGAAUUGAUUUCCCUGAGCGGUUCGGCACCGCGCGAAGAUCUUGGUUUGGUCAUUGACGGGAUAGAGAACGUUGACAUGCCGUUGCUCCGUAAACAGCCGUUUCAACGACUUCACGUCUCGUCGGAUUUCAAAGACGACGAUGAGGUGUUCCAUUGCGAGGUUACCAACGAAAUCUUCAAGGACUACAAUGAGUUCUGCGAGAGAAUUAUUUUGUGCAAUUCACUUAUAUGGUCAUGUAGCAUUACUGGGAGAAGUAACAUGACAUUCGAAGAGGCGUUACAAUGUGAGGAGAACGCGAAGAAAAGUCUUAAAGAAUUUCCUAUGGAGUUACGCAUUCCUAUAUUAUAUCUUGCCAGUAAAACGAACAGAUCUUCUUUCAAUGAGAUGAUAGAGGAUGUGUAUCAGUUUGCAAGGGAUCGUUAUUUUGUUGGGGAAAUGGUAGAAGCAAGUUUCACAGAGGAUUCCUGGUGUGAAUGUCAUGUACUCCAAGUUAUUGCGCCUUUAGAGCAGCAAAUAAAAGCAUAUAUAAAAGAAAAUAGUCCACAAGAACAACAGUAUCAUCCACCAGCGAAAUUGUUUCGUUAUGAAGUGGAACAAUUAGACUGUGGUGAUUCUGAUGUCAGUCAACUAAUGAUUGUAGAAGCAGCUCAAGUAAGAAGGAGAAAGCAACAUUAUAGCAGAGAACGUAACAAAAUAUUUCUACGCCAAUUGUGCGAGCAGAAUGAUAGCGGCAUAUGGAUUGUUAAAGAUAGUGUUUUACAAAAGUAUGGAAUUAAUAAAGUACGUUUCGAUACCAUAUUUGCUGGCCCUCCUCCUGAUUUCACGUCGCGCAUUAAAAAACCUAUAAAGCAUAAACAAGAAUCGAUAGAAAAAUUUCUUACCGCGGACAUUUCGAAACAAAAAACAAUGGAGAAGCCAGAUCCUCUAAAAAAAGUAAAUCAGACAGGGGUAGACAUAAAAAAAUUUAGAAAACCAAGAAUGAAUGGAAAAUUCAAAGAGGAGCUUAAAGCGAAAGCUCUUGAAGAAAAAGCAAAACGCAAAGAGGAGAGAAUAUUAAAGAGUGAACAGAAAAGGGAAGAGAAGCAGAAACUAGCCGCUUUAGCUGCAUAUGUGAGACAGUGGAACAAACCCAGAGAAGACCUUGAAUGCGAAGAUCUUUCUCCAAUUCCACAACCUGUACCAGUUAAUACUGUGAUACCAAAUGACAAGUUUGGUGACUGUUGCAUGAUUUUAGAGUUUCUAGAGUUUUUUAAUGAAGAAUUGGAAGUUUCUUCAUAUUUUUCAAAUGGAUUUACUUUGGAUCUAUUGGAAAAAGCAUUGUUAACUAAGGAAGCAUCUGGACCUUGGAGUGAUCUCUUACAAUUGCUACUAUCAAGCAUCUUCAAGUAUCAAUCAGAUGAGGAAGAUGAAAUUCAAGCAUCCGAUACAGUAACAAACGAUACUACUACCAAUGAGGGAGUGUCAUCAAUAACAAAAACAGUGAAACUUACUACAGUUACCUCUACUUGGAGUCCAACGUAUCACGGUUCUAAAUUAUCAGAGCUAACAUUGGAUCAUUCGACUUUGAGCGAGAUCUUGAGGCAACAUUUAUUAAGUUCCGGUGAACGAAUUGGCGAAGCUGCUUCUAAAUGGAGAUAUUCUCAAAGAGGUGGAUACACGAAUCAAGACGAUCCUGCAGUUCUGAUGAGAAAGAAGGAGGCGCAUAUUUUGAGACUGUUAACCCAUCGUAGCGUUCACGAGCUUGACUUCGACGAUAAAUUGAAAGUAGCCGCAUGCCUCAUCAAUCAGUUACUCACUUUCGCCUCAGUACGAGAUAUGAUUGAAGAGAGACACGAGAAGCUUCAUCAAGCAAAAAAAGAACUGAGAUCUUUUAUACUAGCGGAGCAGAAAAAGGAGAGGGAGGAGAAAGAAAAAAUGCGAGAGCGCGAUAAGGAUAAUAAAGACAUGAAAAGUGCACCGAAAAAAGUAACACGUGGUAAUUGCGACGAGGAGAAGAAAAAGAAGCUGAAAGAACUUCAGGAAGCAUCCAAAGAUGACCAAAUGAUGCUCUACUUGGGUUCCGAUAGAGCUUACCGUAGGUACUGGAGACUCUUGUCGGUACCAGGAAUAUUCGUGGAGAAUGAUGGAUCUGGAGUAGGUACCUGUCUCCCCGAGGGUACACCUUAUCAACCUGAAUUGCAAGACGGAGAAUCUACAUAUGCAUAUUUAAGGAACAAGUUUGAAGAUGAAUUCAGUGAUAAGGAAAAUAGCUUUAAAAAGACGAAGAAAUCUCCUAAGAAGGUUUCGUUUUCCGAUAAAAACGGACUUAAAUCUCCGAGGAAAGAUGUGAUUCCUAGGAAUGAAUUUAAGCAAGAACUUUCCGAUGUGAGGAGGAAUUUAAUGGCUUGUACAGGGGAUAAAGAAUGCCCGGUGCAUUGGAAAAGACCAGAACCAAAAUGGAGUUUCUUCGGAACGCAAAAGGACAUUGAAACUCUGGUGAACGGUUUGAGUAAACGAGGAAUUAGGGAAGGUGAACUUAGAAAUAAUAUUAUCCAAGAAAUGACAAGUGUGAUGUCUGUUAUCGAAGAAUGCCCGAGGCAUAAACUCAACCCUGACGUAUUUUCAGAUCCGAUCAAGGAACAUCCUAAUAAAACGACAAAGAAAAACAAAUAUGAGAACGCUAAUUUAAACUAUCCUUCUGAGGUGCCUGUCGGAGAUGUUUUUGAGUUCACUUUGAGAGACUUUAUCUUAGACCUCGAAGAUAAAAUAAAAGCCGGUUGUUUGGGAAGUUUGAAAGUGAACAAUCGCGAUACGUGGAGGCAUACAAUUGAUAGUAGAUCCUACGGUAAACAAUGUGAUAAAUUAGCGUACGGUACAAAUGAAAUAAAUACAGAUAGUCCCAACGGGUCACAGGAUAAAGUUAAAAACGAGACUAAACAUACUAGGUCGGAUACUCCAAAUUCCGAGAUAGAAGGCCUUACUGUAAAGACUUACAAACACUCAGAGAAAUCGUUAAGUACACUAAAUGAAACUGACUUACUCCCUGACCCUAAGCAACAAGAAACCAUUAAACAGUUGGCUUGCGCUAUUUUGCAAUUAUCUCAAGCCAUUGAACAGAAGUACUUAGUUAAACCGCGAGGCGUUAAUGAGAAAGAUAGAAAACACUUCACCGAAGAGAACAGAGAAAGAUGGGAGCAAUCACUUCUUGCGUCUACAAGCUGGUCACAGUUGUUCUUGCAUUUAACCAUUUUAGAAAAUAACAUUGCUUGGGAUAAGAGCGCACUAAAUGCUCAAUGUUACAUAUGCAGACGACGUCGAGACGCUGAGAAGAUGUUACUCUGCGAUGGUUGUAACAAAGGUCACCAUUUGUAUUGUUUGAAACCAAAACUCACUGCUGUACCAGAUGGAGAUUGGUAUUGCAAAACAUGUAAGCCACCGGUUAAGUCAAAAUCGAAACUUAAGAAACGAAAAAAAUUCGAGGACGAAUUAGAAGAAGAAGUAACAUUGACCAAAGAAACUCGACACAAUCGAGCGAGACGUGUUCUCGAAAGUGAAGAGGAAGAGGACCGUGAAGACGAUGAAUUGGAAGAUGAGAACUUUGAGACCAUGAGUAGUCAAAUGAACGUGUGCACUGCCUGUAGAAGCGGUGGAAAGUUAAUCAAUUGUGAUUUAUGUUCGAACUGUUAUCACAUAGAGUGUAUAGAUCCCCCUAUAAUAAGAGCACCACGUGGAAGAUGGAUUUGUUCAGAUUGCAAGGACAGGAAAGAUAGACGGACCAAUAUAAAAAACGUGAGGGGGCGCGAAAGGGAAAGGGACAAGGAGAGACUGUGCGCUGCAGCAGCACGCUCUCGCAUCCAUGGCUUUGCCAAGAGCCUCCUCACUACAGAAUCGACAGACUGGGACGACAGCAGCAAUUCAGAAGAUACUGAACCGAGACAGACUAGACGGGCUGCGAAGAGGGCUGCUGAAAUAGAACAAGUAGAGGACAAGGGAACAAUUAGAGGAUCUAUGACACGAUUGCAGGAUUUACUUACCGACAUUAGACACCACAGAGAUUCAUGGCCUUUCCUGUCACCCGUUACAAAAGACGAAGUACCAGAUUAUCAUGAUAUUAUUUCUAAUCCAAUGGAUUUCGGUACAAUCAAAUGUAAACUAAAUAAUGGGGAAUAUGAAACAUUGGAACACUUCUUUAGCGAUUGUCAAUUAGUCUUCGAUAAUUGUCAAGCUUAUAAUGAAGAACACAGUGCAGUAUACAAUUACGUAUACAGAGCAGGUAUGAGGCUGUUGAAGUACUUCGAGAAACGGUGCAAGGAGCUCAGUUUGAAUUACGAAGAAGAAACGGCGGUACGGCCACCGGACGCGAAAAAGCCGAGAAUGAUGGGAAUCGAUGUCGAUAGCAGCGAGGAGGAAGACGAAGAAGAUGAAGAAGAAGAAGAAGAAGAACUUCAAAAGACAAGAUAGAGUCGGAGCAUAUAUUCCAAUGUUAUAUACUUAUUGGGUAUUAAUUUUUUUUAUUCCCGAUACGUAAAUUGGAUGUACCUUGAGAUUGCGUGCGGGUUUUUACACUAAUGUCGAGAACAGUGUACAAAUUCGUGUUACAAAUACGAAAGUUGUUCUGUAAAUUAUAUAUUACUGAAAAGACUUCAUUUCCUAAGGAUUAGAAAAAUGCUAUAGAUAUAUGUAUAAUUGCAAGCUUCACAUAUGCGUUUAAAGUCUCUCUUCUUUCUUUUCUUUCUCUCUCUAUCUCUCUAUCUCUCUGUCUGUCUCUAUCUCUCUAUCUCUCUAUCUCUCUGACUGUCUCUAUCUCUCUAUCUCUCUGCUUCUCUAAAUUUCUCUAAAAUCUUUCUAUCUCUAUUUCUAGAACAUUAUUUAUCGAAUAUGCUCUGAAUUAUUUUCUUAGGCUUGCUAAAAUAAAAUCAGGAAAAAACAUGCACAGUAUUAUUCGUAGAAUUUUACUCAUGGUGUAAUUACUCUUGCGUACUUGUAAGAGUCUUUAAGCAUAGAGCAUUUUAUAUAGAGUGAGCGAGCAAGCAUGCGGAGGCGGUGAAUUCUUAUCCGCUCGAGCCAGUACAAGAUACGAGUCCUCUUUUUUUUUAUUUUGAAUUAGUAUUAUUACAGAGAAAACAAUUUUUUGUUAUACCAGACAAGUCUUUUUACACUAUAAUAAUUAUUUAUUAUUUUAGCACUACUUAUAUGAUUGUAUCUUAUGUUCUUUUUUGAAAUGUUUCAAUGAUUCUCCUAAAUGUAGUCCCAGAAUUUCAACACAUUUUACGCAUACGUAGUCCACACAUUUACAAAAUGUGUUAUAUUCAUUGCCUUCCUUUUAGAUAGUGUAUUUAAAACAUACCACGUGCGAUAACGUGAUCUGUGACUGCCUUUUUUUAUUAUGAAAAGUCAUAUAUAUUUCAAAUGAAUCCAAAAUGAUACAACACUUUUGGUACAUUUACUCUGAUAUUUAUUCAAAACAAAGGUAAAUUUUACUUGAAAUUCAAAUGCGUCACAAUAUUGCACCAUAUAUAUUGGUAAUAGGAAAUUUUAUUUAUAUAAUUCGUGUGUUUGACGUUGCCAAAUUGUUAAAUGUGUUAAGUGGUACUUAUACCUUUUUUCUUUUUCUUUUUUUAAUUUUGUUCUAAACCGUCAGCCUAUUUUAAGAAAGUUUAAAGGUUUAGGCUGGCCCUACAAAAAAUCUACGGUACAAAUUAUUAUUAUCUUAUAUAUUGUACAGCAGUUGUAGCUACAGUUCUUUGUAAUCAUGUACGUUUUAUACGAUUAAUUUGGUAAUAAAUUUUUAAAAUAGAUUUAUAAUUGAAACUUGUUCAUAACAUAAUGCUUUAAAAAAUAUGUAAAAAAUAUUGGAAAAUAUUACUAAUUUUAAUGUUAUUUUGUAGAGGUUACAUGUAUUUUAUUCAUACACUCUUCUUACAUGUCAUACUAAC